UCUUUAAAUAAUUUAGCUUUGCUCUUAUCGUAUUUAAAAAUUCGGAGCAGCGAAAUACGAAAAUAAAUUUUAAAAAAGGAUGGCCGGUGCAAUGUAUCCGGCGGUGGCGGUGGACGUCGUGAGCCCACAGUUCUGCGUGUCUCAGCCCAUGGAUCUCACCAUCUCGCGGAAGCUGAUGACUCUAGAAGACGGAACCUUCGGAGUCACCGACCUCAACGACAACCUCCUUUUCAAGAUCAGAGGCAAAGUCUUCAGCCUCCACGACCGCCGCGUCUUGCUCGACGCCGCCGGCAACCCUAUCAUCACCUUCCAGCAGAAGCUGCUGACGGCGCAUAGGAGAUGGCAGGCUUUCAGAGGAGAGAGCACGGAUUCGAAGAAAAUGCUUUUUAGUGUGAGAAAGUCUUCGAUGAUUCAGUUCAAGACGAAGCUGGAUGUGUUCCUGGCUGCGAAUUCGAAAGAGGAUCGGUGCGAUUUUAGGAUUGAAGGCAGCUGGUUUGAGCGAUCCUGCACCAUAUACGCUGGAGACACCAAUAAUGUCAUUGCUCAAAUGCGAAGGAAACACAGUGCACAAAGCAUUUUGCUUGGAAAAGAUACAUUCUGUGUGACAAUAUAUCCAAAUGUUGAUCAUGCCUUCAUAGUUGCGCUUGUGGUGAUUCUUGAGGAGAUUAAUGAAGAUAGGUCGGGUGAAGAUUGAAUCAUCAUUCCUUCAUGUACUACUUGUUAUAGCUAAUAAGUUAUGGUAUUGUAAUGAAAUGUUUGAUGAGGUUGCCUACUCCAUGUAACAUACUUCCACUAUUGUCCCAAUAAAUAUAAAAUAUUUAUUUUUUGGUAUA